AUGGCUUCACUCUGGCGACCACUCCGGCUACUGCCACCAUUGCAGUCGACACUAUCACAGUCCCUAGGUCUACGCGCCUGCACGCCACUUCAAUCGCGACUACUCCAUUCAUCACCAAUCUUCUAUGUGCGCAAACCGUCAAAGGCUGUAGUCAAGCCCAUCGAUGGCUCUGCGCCAACUCGCAAAAAGCAACACAAAGACGCCCUCAGAAAGAAGCAACCUGCCGAUGAGAAAGAUGAGAUAGAGCGCUUCAACGCCGAAUCUCCGACCUUGAUCUACGAAGCCACGAAAGCUCGCCAAUACGUUGCCUGGUGUCUGUUUGCAAGUUUGCUUCUUGGAUGCGUGGCUGCCAUGCAGAUUGGCUUCUUCACCACCGACCCUUCCAAGAGCGACUUGCGCAUCGCCAGUGUCUUCCUCCUCACUGCCUUGAUGUGGGCUAUCCUCGCUUCCUGGGCUGCUUUUGGAGCCAACGAUGUCAUCAAGAAGAUCUGGGCUAUCCCUUCUGCCACUGGGAAGCCACUCCUGCGUAUCGAACCAGUCAAGAUUGCUCUUGGCAAGCGCCCUUUGCCUUUCGACGUCCCUCUUGGUCGUGUAUUCUCUGACAAAGGUUUCACGGAAACCAUUGCCUACUUCAACGCUACCAGGGAUGUAAGGCGCAAGCCUGGUGUCCUAGAUGCUCUAUUUGGACCUGUCGGCACAAUCAUGUCUGCCAACAUGAAGAUGAUUCAGAGAAAGUCCUCGUUCGCUCAGCUGCGCGUGGCAGAUUCGGGUGUUUGGAAGGUAGAUCUCCGUGAUUGCAAAGUCCCCGACGGUGGCAAGAGUAUGUUAUUCUUUACUUGGUAUAUGCGAGAUCAUUUCACUGACAACUACCUCUAG